CAGGAAUGGCCGGGCAUGUGACUCAAGGGAGCCAGAGAGACGGUCAUCAUGCCUCCUAGCUGUUUACAAACAUCGCUCCUCCCCUCGGCCUUGAGACCCAGACGGGGCGUGCGUGUGAAAGGGGAGCUCGGCGGCCGCCAUGGCUCACUCGUCGGGGCCGUCACGCAGGGAAGCCCCCCCGGGCCCCCAGGGGCCCCGCGGCACCGCCACGCGCCACCUCCUGCGGAAGAAGGAGCAGAGGCACCGGGGAAUCCGCUCCUCCUCCCCCAUGGGCCGGGUCAUCCUCAUCAACUCCCCCGUGGACGGGGGAGAUGACAGCGAGGACAUGCACACCAUCACGGUGGAUAAGAGUGUGGACGGGCGUCUGGGCUUCAGCGUGCGCGGCGGCUCGGAGCACGGCCUGAGCAUCUUCGUCAGCAAGGUGGAGGACAACAGCACCGCCGAGCAGGCAGACCUGCGCGUGGGGGACAAGCUGGUGGAGGUGAACGGGGUGAGCCUGGAGAGCAUCACCAUGAGCAGCGCCGUGAAGGUGCUGACCGGGAACAACCGGCUGAGGAUGGUGGUCCGCAGGGUGGGCAAGGUGCCCGGCAUCCGCUACUCCAAGGAGAAGACCACCUGGGUGGACCUGAUCCACAAGCGCAUGGUGACGGAGGAGAGCGGGCGCACGCCGUCGGAGGCCAGCGCGAGCAGCGCCGGUCUGCAGAGGAUGGUGCACCUCUCCACCACCUCGGACGACUACUGCCUGGGCUUCAACAUCCGCGGGGGCAAGGAGUUCGGCCUGGGCAUCUACGUGUCCAAACUAGACCCUGGGGGUCUGGGCGAGCAGAACGGCAUCAAGAUGGGCGACCAGAUCCUGGCGGCCAACGGCAUCAGCUUCGACGACAUCAGCCACAGCAGCGCGGUGGAGGUGUUGAAGAGCCACACCCACGUCAUGCUCACCAUCAAGGAGACGGGACGCUACCCGGCCUAUAAGGAGAUGGUGGCCGAGUACCGGUGGCUGAACAAGCUGUCCAACGGGACGGCGCAGUCCUCGUCCCAGGGCUCGGGGUCCACCUCCUCCGCCUCGUCCCUGUCCUCGGGCACCCCGGUCAGCUCCCUGAGCGGCCUGUCCCAGGUCAUGUUCCCCCCCAGCCUGCCCUUCAUGGACAUGGUGGACGUCUGCAUCUCCACCGAGGACCAGAGGUAUGAGUCCGGGCGCACGGAGAUGGCCAUCCAGACGGACCACCCGGACACCAGCCGCAGCGUGGGGGCCACCACCCUCCUCAAGGACACCCUGAUCGGGGGCCCGGGGGGCGCGCGGGGAAAGAGGGAGUCCACCAAGACGGCGGUGCUCAUGGCGCUGAGCCGGCCCACCCGCCCCAUCAGCCGGUCCCAGAGCCAGGUCACCGUGGCAGAGAUCAACCAGAAGCAGGACAAGAAGAAGCAGAAGAGCCAGGGCUCGGAGGAGAAGAGCAGCACGCUGCAGCGCUCCAAGACCCUGAUGAACCUGCUGUUCCGGGGAGGCCGCAAGAGGGACGCCUCCGGGGGGCGCUCCAAGUCCCCCUCCAAAGACGGGACCGCCGGGGGCCGGGGGCCCGGCGCGAAGCCCGACCCGGCCAUGCUGGGGGCCGUGGAGGACAUGUCCCGCAGGCUGCUGACCGAAGACGAGGUGGCCUCGGUGAUGAGGGCCUGCCGCAAGUACGUCACGGUGGAGCGGUCGGUGGAGAACUUUGUGCUGCACCUGGUGGAGGUUCUGGACCGGCCGGAGAAGCUGCUGCUGCUGAGGGAGAUCAGAAUGCUGUUGGCUCCUGUCGACCUGGAGCCCUUCAACGACAUGGUGACCCCGUUUGAGGUGGAGGCGUACGACAUCCUCAAGUACCGCUCAAUCAAACCCACGGCGCUGCGCUCCCCAGCGACCGGACGGGCCCCCAAGAGACACCUCAUCACCCCCAUCCCCGACUCGCAGGGCGGCUUCGAGCUGUGCAGCUCCCGGGAGGUGGAGCGGGAGAGCCACCUGCAGGAGGGGCUGGGGCGGCUCCGGGUGUCCGGGACCUCGCGGCGACGCAGCAGGGAGCGCCCCAACACCUCGGGGGCCUUCUCCCCUCUCCUGGACAUCCCCCUGGACAGCUACGCCCUCAAGCCCAGACACGACCCGUCCCACACCGCCGCCGCCGCCGCCGCCGCCCGGGUCCCGCCCCUCCGCUCGGACAUCAACACCGUCCGCUCCGUGCACUUCGACGACGAGGCGUCGCUACGCCCGACCGCGCCGGGCCGAGAGGCUCAGGCCGCCGUGACGGAGCGCGGAAGGUCGGCGCUGAAGAACGGACACUCCAAGAGUAGAGGUGGAGGAGGGGGAGGGGGAGGAGGGGAGAGGGCUGGAGACGCUGUGUUCACGCUACCCAGCGGGGGGGGAGCUCCCAGCAGGAGGCCGCUGCUGUCUCAGGUGUUCUCCUCGGGGUCCAGGAGGCCAGAGGGAGGCGAGGCAGAGACGCUCGCCCCUGAUGCAGCUCCUCACAACGGACUCAACGGCACCGCUGCUGGUCAGGAGUAUGAACUGCAGACGGUCAGCAUAUCAAAGACCAAGCAGUCGCUGGGCAUCAGUAUAUCAGGUGGGAUGGAGUCCAAGGUCCAGCCGGUGGUGAAGAUAGAGAAGAUCUUCCCUGGAGGGGCUGCGUCCACCUGUGAAGUCCUGAAGGCUGGGUUCGAGCUGGUGUCGGUGGACGGGGUCACCCUGCGGGGGGUCACCCACCAGCACGCCGUGGACAUCAUCCGCAGAGCCUUCAGCAACAAGGACAAGGACCCCAUGCUGUUCAUCGUCAAGGUCCCCAAGGGCCCCGUGAACGGAGAGUGACGCUCCAUGACCCAUGGACACCAGCAGCGGUUUCGGAUAGACCCUCCGGUCCCCUGGGACAGGUCGGUCCACCGGCAGAGCUCCUCCGAUGGAGAAGAGACUGUGCAGUCUGGGGUCAGAUAUGUCUUUACUGACACGCAAUAUUGAGGCUAGGAUUGGAGACGGACGCACAUCUCUGCCGUGGCCCAGAGCAGGACACCUCACCCUAACUGCUCCCACAUGAAUGGGUGAAUGUGAGGCACUGUUUGUGCAUUGCUUUGAUUGGCCGCAAGUUGGUAAAGUGCUGUAUGUAUGCAGUCUUUUGACCAUGUGCUGAACAACAGCUCAAAGAAACGCAGAUGCGGAUUGUUUUUCAAUACCUUGUCUCACCUGAAGAGGGCGGUCUUGUGCCUUAUCGUUGGAAUGAUGACGGCAUGUCCCACAUAGUUAUGCAAAGCAAGAAAUGACUGCAGUAAUCCGCGGUGUUUUGGCCGGAGAUUCCCUUAAAAGAUGCCCCGAGAAACGGGAUCUUGGAGGAAAAAUGUUUUAGGGCCGCUUGAAGGUUAAUAUCAUCAGAGAAAUCAAGUCAUUGUUAUUGAUGCCUUAACUGAAAAAUAUGAACGUGAUAAUUUAGAGACAAUGUAUGAAUAUGAACCGUUGUCACUGGGAACCUACAUUAUUUAUGAUGUCUGUGCUUGAAACUAACUGCUUUAACAAGACCAAUUUCUUUCUUUUUUUACUAAAAGACAACAAAACUAAAAGUGAAAUAACGACCUGCCUGGGGAGUUUCAUUAAUUAAUUUUAUUCAAAACAUAGUAACUUGGUUUUCCAGAAAUGUACAGCAUGAAAAUAUACAUUUAAUGUCUUCAUACAAAUACUGUGGAUUAUAAAAG